CUGUCCCGUGUCCCGCGCAGGGCCGCGCUGCUGACGGGCCGGCUGCCGGUGCGCUCCGGGAUCUUCCCGGGCGUGUUCGAGCCCGGCUCCCGGGGCGGGCUGCCGCUGGCCGAGCUCACCGUGGCCGAGCUGCUCAAGGAGCGCGGCUACGCCACGGCCAUGGUGGGCAAGUGGCACCUGGGCUACGGCGAGAACGGCUCCUUCCUGCCCGGCCGCCAGGGCUUCGACCAUUUCCUGGGAAUUCCCUACUCGCACGACCAG